AUGAACUCGCCUUUGGGGACAAGAGCCCCACCGGACCCGGCCCAGGAAUCCAACGGCAUAGCCACCCCAGCUUCCCGCAGCAGGUGGGACAGCUCCUGGAGCAGCACCUCCAGCCUGGACCACCCUCCGCCCGUCAGCCCCACGGCAGCCAGGGCUCAGGCUGCUGCCUGGGUCCCCUUUCCCACGGUCGAUGUUCCAGACUACGCCCACUACACCCUGGGCACGGUGAUCCUGCUGGUGGGGCUCACAGGGAUGCUGGGAAAUCUGACGGUCAUCUAUACCUUCUGCAGCUGUGAUUUACUUCAUGGGGUCAACGUGAUGAUUAAGAGCAGAGGGCUCAGGACUCCCGCCAACAUGUUCAUCAUCAACCUCGCGGUCAGCGACUUCCUCAUGUCCUUCACGCAGGCCCCCGUCUUCUUCGCCAGCAGCGUCUAUAAGCAGUGGCUCUUUGGAGAGACAGGCUGUGAAUUCUAUGCCUUCUGUGGGGCUGUCUUUGGCAUCACCUCCAUGAUUACCCUGACGGCCAUCGCCCUGGACCGCUACCUGGUGAUCACACGCCCACUGGCCACCGUCGGGAUGGUGUCCAAGAGGCGGGCGACGCUUGUCCUGCUGGGCGUCUGGCUCUAUGCCCUGGCUUGGAGUCUGCCGCCCUUCUUUGGCUGGAGUGCCUAUGUGCCCGAGGGGCUGCUGACCUCUUGCUCCUGGGACUACGUGAGCUUCACGCCAUCGGUCCGCGCCUACACCAUGCUGCUCUUCUGCUUUGUGUUCUUCCUCCCCCUGCUCGUCGUCAUCUACUGCUACAUCUUCAUCUUCAAGGCCAUCCGGGAGACGGGCCAAGCUCUCCAGACUUUCGGGGCCAGCGAGGGUGGUGGUGAGUGCCCCUGGCAACGGCAGCGUCUGCAGAACGAGUGGAAAAUGGCCAAGAUCGAGCUGUUGGUCAUCCUUCUCUUCGUGCUCUCCUGGGCCCCCUACUCCACUGUGGCCCUGAUGGGCUUUGCUGGGUACGCACAUGUCCUGACGCCCUACGUGAACUCGGUGCCAGCUGUCAUCGCCAAAGCCUCUGCCAUCUACAACCCCAUCAUUUAUGCCAUCACCCACCCCAAGUACAGAAUGGCCAUCGCCCAGCACCUGCCCUGCCUCGGGGUGCUGCUGGGCGUGUCAGGCCAGCGCACUGGCCUGUACACCAGCUACCGCUUCACCCACCGCUCCACACUGAGCAGCCAGGCCUCGGACCUCAGCUGGAUCACUGGACGGAGGCGCCAGGUGUCCCUGGGCUCUGAAAGCGAGGUGGGCUGGACAGACACGGAGGUAACAGCUGCUUGGGGGACUGCCCAGCAAGUGAGUGGAUGGUCCCCCUGCAGUCAGGGCCCAGAGGAUGUGGAAGCCAAGGCCCCUCCCAAGUCCCAGGGACAGGAAGCAGAGGCUUCCGGAAAGACCAAAGGGCUGCUCCCCAGCCUGGACCCCAGGAUGUAG